AUGAAGAAGCUAGAGGAAAAUCUAAGAUCUAUUCCAAUGGAAGGAGUGAUUUGGGGAGAAUGUAAGACAAAACUUAUCCCAAUUGGUUAUGGAGUCAAUUUGUUGUGGAUCAUAUCCUACACCGAUGAGGACCAUGUGUAUGGCGACACCCUUAUCGAUAUGUAUGAUGAUCAUGUUUUCGGGGACUGCAGCAGUGAGACUUCCGGCUUAUACGAAUGUGAGUUUGUGUUAUACACUGUUCGCUAA